ACUGUUACUUGACACCACGCGGGUGUUGCAGUGGGGACUGUUUGCCUCUUCCCCACCAAGAACACCAUUUGGUUUCCCCCGGCUGGGUCUCUAUUUAGGUACGCCUCCCCAACUUCCAGUGUCUGGCCAGCUCCUGGUCCCUGAUUUUCCUCAGGUGGGCAAGUUUGUGAACAACAAGAGAUCUGGGUCUGGAAUCUGUUGCCCUCGAGCUGUGGGCCAUCCGGCUAACGAAGGAAGAAAUUUGGGCUGCUGGAAGAGGCAGGGUUCUGUUCUGUUCCUGGGAGGCCUGGAGAGCCAGCAGCCGGGAGAGCGGAAGAUGGGCAGCAAUGACAGCAAACAUAAGCAAGAGCAGAAGUUUUAAAACUACAGUUCCUAAGACCCAGCAAGGCAGGCACCCCCAGCCCCCACUCCUGUAACAGAGAAAACAACUCCCACUUUGCCAUUGCAUCUGAUCGCCAGGAAGCUCUUAUUUUGUGGGAAGAGGGCUGUACUGAACGAACCCUUCUGGAAUCAUCACCCAGAAGCGCCCACUGGCUGACGGGGUCCGUCUUCCCGGCUGGCAGACGAUGCAGGGGAGUAAGAAGGGCACAGACGGCUUCAGCGACUCCUCAAGUAUCGGCAGUGUGCUGGAUGAUGCAGACAGGGAGGUGAGCAGCCUCACAGACCGGGCGUUCCGGAGCUUGUGCAUCUCAGAGGACGCAUCCUUCCAUGACUCCGACCUGGCCCUGUCCCCAGAUGUCACCCGCCAAGUGUUCGGGAAUUUCCACCAAGGAACGGUGAGCCACACCCACAGGAAAAGCGGCCUUUGGAGCCAGUUACCAUCACAAGGCACUGAGCAUGCCGGCUGGGCAGCCACGUUCCAACAGCUCCCCAAGUACGUUCAAGGGGAGGAGAAGUACCCCAAGAGCAGCCCCCCACUGACGCCAGCCCAGAGGAGACUGGAAGUGCCAGUUUCUGGCCUGAGGAGCAGCAGCAAGCCCGUUUCCAAAGUGUCAUCACUGAUUAAAUCCUUCGACAGGACUGAGAGCCAACGUUGUGACAGCAGACCUCCUCCCAGCAAGCCUCCGGCUCUCAAAAACCCCCCCAAAUUUGCUCCUCUUCCGGAAAGUGGCGUCAACUUCUGCUUUGAUUCUGCCUUUCUGACUGUCAGGAGGGUGCCCGCUGAAGUCUCCAGCGCCCAUCAGACUGGCCACCAGCCUGGCAGGAAGCACGGAGAGCAGGAGUCCCCCAAGAAUCCCGAAAUGGCCUGUCCCGGCCCCGGCAGCUUCCUCCCAACACCCGAAAAUUCGGCCAACUCCUUGGAGCCAAAGUUCCCAUCUCCAGCACACAAGGCAGCCACAGGUGAGCCUGGAAGAAGCAAGGAGUGGGCUCGAAAAGGGACCUUUCUUCACAGCGAAAAUAGUGCUUUCGAGUCGUGGAACGCCCACCAGCCCAGGCUGCCAGAGAGGAAGGAUGCUGCUGAUGCUGUCCCAGAAAGCAAGGCCCCCAGGCAUUACGAGGACCCACCCUUGUUAAGAGAACCCCCGGCCCCUGAGCGUAAAGUUUCCCCCUGCCACGUCCGGGCCAGCUGCAGUCAGGAAGAGAGCAGGCUGGCUGCAGGGUCUCUGUCCACAUCUGGACCAUGGGGAUCUAGGGAUCUGGGAGCCCAGGUUUCUGCUAUGGAGGGAAAAGCUCCCAGCUCACAGCCUGAACAGCAGAUGAAGCCAACUCAGGUCCCCUGGAGGAAACCAAAGGCUGCCAAAAGCGGGAAAGAAAGUCUCCAAGAUGCUUCAGAAGAAAAGAAGCAGAGUAACCGGAGAGGCCCCUCCUUGUAUAUGAAGCACAAUCCCCAGGGGCAGUUUUCAGAAAAUGAUGCUCUUGAUCUGCCUGUGGACCCCCAUGAGCAUUAUGACCCUCCUUUCAACAUCAGUAAGCUUCUGACCCCCGUCAUACCCACCAAGCAUGUCCUGGAGUCAUCCGACAGCCAGCCGACAGAGGUAACCCCAUCGCCCCCAGGACAGUUAAACGGGUACCAAGAGAAGGAGCCCAGUGAAUGUCAGUCCCGGGACAGCUACAAAUCCAAAGCCCCCAGCCUGCUCUUCAACCUCAAAGAUGUGCGCAAACGUGUGAAGAGCACGUACAGUCCCUCGCCUCUCUUGAAAGGCUUUGAUGAGAAAACCAGAGGCAAGCAAGAAUCCCUGAGCAACGGCAGCCUCCUUUCCAAUGGGCUCGAGGAUAACUCUCCAGAAGAGCUUUCUAAGGAAAGACCAGCUGACACCCCUUGUGUGUCGCUCGUCAGUAGCCAGAAGGACCUCAAAGCCGAUCCCAGUGCAGCCUCUGCUGACAACUACCAAAAUCUUGCGUCGCCAUCAACCAUCCCCAAAGCCCCCUUCUGUGUCAAUGGCAAGGCUGCUGACAAGAUCAGCUAUGAGAAGAAUGACGCUGAUGGAGAAUUGGAGAUGGGUGCCACCAGGCCCGGCUGGUGUCCAAACUCCAGGGAACACUGCCCCAGGAGACACCUGUCCUUGAAGUUUUGCAGUGGCGACUCUGAGGUGGGGGAGCCUUCAGAGAACCUCAAGACUCCCAGCCUGGAGAAUGGGUUCUUGAGAUCCAUCUCUCAAGAGACAGAACCUGAGAGAGAGGCAGGACCUCAGAAUCCAAACUUUAAUCAGAAAUUCUCCCCAGGGCCCCUUUCUCCGGAGGAGGAAGAUGUGUUUUAUAGUGACAGCCAGUCUGAUUUUAUGCCACCCCUCAAAAGUAAGGCCAAAUUCAGCACCAGCUCUUCAGAUCAGUCCUUUGCCUCGUUUGAGGAUCAGCAGAAGGCAUGGUUCACUGAGAGCCAGAGGGAAGACAGGAGGAAUGACGUGAGUGCAGGUGACAGUCAGAAGGAUGAGCAGGAGAAAGUGAUGGAGGAGAGUGAGCUACAGUACAGAGCCUUAAGUAAUGGGCAUGCAUGCAUGGAGGAGCACAGCAAGGAGGAAUCCUUGCGAGGAGAAGAGGAAAGUUUGCCGGGAGGUAGCCCCAGGAUGGCAUCAAGGGAGGAAGCUAAUUUCAGAGGCACUUGGAUUGGGGGAGGUAAGGAUCCGGCUCUUUCACCUGCCAAAGACCUAACCCCUUCACCAUCUUCCACUUCAAACAAGCACAUUCUGUUUGCAAUUAAAGACAAUACCCUCAGGGCCACGCCUGUGAUAAAACCCAUCAUGCUGCCCCUUCUAAGGUCCAUGUCCUCUGAGUCCCCACUGGGCAGUGGCCACAAAGAAGAGGAAUUACCAAGGCCAGGCUGCAGUGGAGAUGCUAGUCUUGGUGUCCCCACAAGCCAGGAAAUGCCCAGCACUCCAACACCUGCCAGCGUGCGGGGCACACAGUUGAAGGGUGUAGCCUGCGAGGGUGUGGAGAGCCGUGGGCGGGGGCCCAGCACAGCCAGGUCGGAGACUUCCCAGCCAGCCCCAAAGGGAUAUGUCGCAUCUCCCUCACUCACAGGAGAGGGCCAAAGGCUGAAGCCACCCCCAGAGGCCACACAUAAGUUUGUGAUGAACAAUGGCAAGAGCGGUUCCACAGACCAGGGGAAGCUGGAAGCUCCAAGGAGCAUUCCCUUGAUCACUUUGCCAGAAGGUGACCUAGAAGAUGAACCACCCCCACAGCAGCUUGGAACCUGUUGGGAAGAGCAGACGCAAAGCUUCAAAAGUCACUUUUUGUCUCCUCCGGGGAGAAGAUUGGUUCCCAGCGAGCUGGCAGCUUCUCCCAAUGCCAACUCCCUGGAAGAGGGCAGCGCAUGCUCUCCGGCUGCCAGCAGCUUCUGGGAAGAUGCUUCCCAGGCCCCCAGUGAGCCAGGCCUGCUGCCAGGGGAGCCUCCCCAUGGCAGCCCUUGGGCCAGCCCCAGCCCUGGCCGGGUGGCCCGGAGGGAGGACUUGACACAUGCCCUCACAUGGGAGCCCAGCUCCGACCCCCAGCUGGAGCCGUCAGCAGAAGAACUCAGGACGCUUUCUCCAAGAGGCUCAAUGCUGGACGUGGCCACCAGCUCAGCAGGCCUCCCGGAGAAGCCAGAGCCUCCCGCUCUGCCGGAGAGGGCGGCCGGCAAGCCACCCGCAGUCCCGCCCAAAACAGAGAAGGCCCUGCGGCGGGCUAAGAAGCUGGCAAGCAGGAGGAGAAAGACCGACCAGCCGCAGGAAAAGCACGGCGAACGCCGGGAGGAAAAGCUGUGUCCCGAGGACUCAGAGCAUAGGCCAGCAUCCCCCAGAGAGAGGCCCCGACCCAGGUUCCCUGCGGUCCGGUCCCUCCCCGCUCCUGUGCACCGCCACUCAGUGUCUGCCUUCUCAGAGCCCAUCCCUAGACGACCCGGGGGGUCCCAGUCCCUGACCCCCCUGCCCCCUUACCCCGCCACCCAGAAGGUCCUCCAAGACCCCCAGUCUGGAGAGUACUUUGUCUUCGACCUGCCACUCCAGGUAAAGAUCAAGACCUUCUAUGACCCAGAGACGGGCAAAUAUGUCAAGGUCUCCAUCCCAUCCUCUGAGGGGGGUUCCCCUGAGCCAACCCCGCCGGACGCCCUUGCUGCCCCCUACAUGCUGUACCCCGGCUUCCAGCCCCUGCCUGUGACGGCCCUGAUGCCCCUGCGCUGCUCCUCUCAGCUGUCCGCCCCCACCUUCCUAAGGCAGUGCCCUCACACCGCAGAGGCCGCCGGCCCCAAGCCCCGCAGCAUCCACAAUGCUGGCCUGCAGCCGGCCUCUGAGCCUCCUGAAGACUUCACCCCACACUCUGCAGGCCCGGGCCCCUUGGGGCUUCCCCAGAGCCCAGGGGAGGAAGCGGGAGAUACCCCAAGCCUGAGCAUCAUCUCCACCAAUGACCUAGAGGACUUUGCCAUGGAAGGCAUUUCUUGAGAAUUACAGCAGACUAAACAACUCCCCCACCAUAUACUCAGAAAAGCUUACAUCCCCUCCCCUAGAACAAUCACACACACACACACACACACACUCACACUCACACUCACCUCAACUUACACUCAGCCAUUUGAGGUCCCUAAACUAUGGGGCUCCCUUCCCUGGGAGGGCACUGCUCUGCUCACAUGACCAGGUCCCUUCUGAGCCCCUUCCCAGACCCAAGAUCCACUCCACUUCUUUUCUCCUCCCUUCCCUUCCUUUUUGUCCCUCUCCCCAUGCCCUCUCCCAGGGUGGGCCCAACCUGAUUCCUAACAAGCUACUCCCCCAGCAUCCCACCCACUCCUCAAGGGUUGGCUGGCACAGUGAGCAAACCGCAAGGCCCCCAGAAAGGCUGUGCCCUGCUGAGCCCCGCCCUGAAAGCAGACCAUCCUUCUAGGUCGGGAGAGGCACACCGUGGCCACCCCACCCUCCCCCAGACAGCGGCCCUUUCCAGCUCACCUCAGGGGGAAAUGGCUGAGGACCGACCCCAGGCAAUCUUGCAGAAAUGUUUAUUUGAAUAGAAUGGGUUUUCUUUACUGAGGAAACUUUCGUCCAAAGGCUAUUUUCUGAUCACCUUGUAAAAAGGGAAACAAGUUUGCAGAUGCGGUUCUGUCA